GCAGCGCGCGCGCGCUGCUGAACUGCUAGUUCCCCUCGGCUUGCUUUCAGGUGCAGACCUUCAGGCUGUGACGGCUGUGUCCUCGGCGGGAUCCUAGGGAUACUUACUCGAUUCUCCGUCCUCACAGGCAGUAAGUCUCUCUCGGGAUCCACUGCCCUGCUCCUGGGAAGGCGAGGAGAUGAUCUAGACGCUUUCAUUUUCCUUCCAGUUGGACUCAGCCCAGAGUCCGCAACGUCGCUCUUGGCAGUUUUGACAGGCAUCUGUCGCCCUGAAAUAAAUGGCUUCUGGACAGGAUCGAGUGGUUGCUCUUGUAGAUAUGGAUUGUUUUUUUGUCCAAGUGGAACAGCGGCAAAAUCCUUAUUUGAGGAAUAAACCGUGUGCAGUUGUACAGUACAAAUCAUGGAAAGGUGGUGGAAUUAUUGCAGUGAGUUAUGAAGCACGUGCAUUUGGAGUCACUAGAAACAUGUGGGCAGAUGAUGCUAAGAAGUUAUGCCCAGAUCUUCUACUGGCCCAAGUUCGCGAAUCCCGUGGGAAGGCUAACCUCACCAAGUACCGGGAAGCUAGUGUUGAAGUGAUGGAGAUAAUGUCUCAUUUUGCUGUGAUUGAACGUGCCAGCAUCGAUGAGGCUUAUAUAGAUCUGACCAGUGCUGUGCAAGAAAGACUUCAAAAGUUACAAGGUCAGCCUAUCUCAGCGGACUUGCUGCCAACCACUUACAUUGAAGGGUUGCCCCGAGGCCCUACCGCAGAAGAGGAGAUUAUUCAGAAAGAGGAUAUUCGAAGACAAGGCUUACUUCAAUGGCUUGGUUCUCUUCAGAUUGAUGACUCCACCUCUCCAGACCUACAGUUGACUGUGGGAGCAGUGAUUGUGGAAGAAAUGAGAGCAGCCAUAGAGAGAAAGACUGGUUUUCAGUGCUCAGCUGGAAUUUCCCACAAUAAGGUCCUAGCAAAACUUGCCUGUGGACUAAACAAGCCCAACCGCCAAACCCUGGUCUCUCACGGGUCAGUCCCACAGCUCUUCAGCCACAUGCCAAUUCGUAAAAUCCGCAGUCUUGGAGGAAAGCUAGGGGCUUCUGUCAUUGAAAUCCUUGGGGUAGAAUACAUGGGUGAACUGACCCAGUUCACUGAAUCCCAGCUCCAGAAUCAUUUCGGAGAAAAGAAUGGGUCUUGGCUGUAUGCCAUGUGCCGAGGUAUUGAACAUGAUCCCGUUAAACCCAGGCGGUUACCUAAAACUAUUGGCUGUAGCAAGAACUUCCCUGGGAAAACAGCCCUGGCUACUCGUGAGCAGGUACAGUGGUGGCUCUUGCAGUUAGCCCUGGAGCUUGAGGAGAGACUAACCAAAGACCAAAAUGAUAACGACAGGGUGGCCACUCAGUUGGUCGUCAGUAUUCGUGUGCAAGGAGACAAGCGUCUCAGCAGCCUGCGUCGUUGCUGUGCCCUCACUCACUAUGAUGCUCAUAAGAUGAGCCAGGAUGCAUUCGCUGCCAUCAGGAACUGUAACACUUCUGGAAUCCAAACUGAGUGGUCUCCUCCUCUCACAAUGCUCUUCCUCUGUGCUACCAAGUUCUCUGCCUCUGCCCCUUCAGCUUGCACAGACAUCACCAUCUUCUUAAACAGUGAGUCAAGUUGUCAGCCAAAGGUGCCAAUGGCCAGCUCUGAAACCGAGACCCAGAGAACUGGUCCAGCUGUGCCCACCUCUAAAAGGGCAGCCACCUCUCUAGAGUCCUUCUUUCAAAAGGCUGCCAAAAAGCAGAGACUGAAAGAGACUUCCUCUGUAUCUCUUAACACAUCCACAGACAAGUCCCCAUCCAAGCCCUCGUUGCUGUUCCCAACCAGCCAGACUGCUGGCACUGAUCCCUUCUUUAAGCAGAAGAGUCUGCUGCUGCAGCAAACCCAGCCUACAAGUCCUGCAGCUCCGCACCCUCCACAGACCGACUCAGAAGUGGAGCCAAACUGUUUUCCCACUGAGUGUGUAGAUGGUAGACCUGUUUAUGAAGGAGUGUUGAAGCCAGUGUCCUCUAAAGCAAGUUCUACAGAAAUGCAUGUGGCUGAGAAUAGUCCAAACAUGCUUGAUUCUUCAGCUUACAACUCUCAGGAGGUGGCCCAAAGGGCAACUGAGGACCAAGUGCUCUGUGACAAGUGUGACUCCCUGGUUCCAGUGUGGGAUAUGCCGGAACACACAGAUUAUCAUUUUGCACUGGAGUUGCAGAAGUCUUUUUUGCAGCCUUGUACUUCAAAGCCCCAGGCUGUUCCUGCCUUGUCUCCUCAAGGCAAAAGAAAUUCCAAGAGUCCUUUGGCUUCUACUAGUAAGCGCCUUAGGCCCCAUGGCAUGCAGACCCUGGAGUCCUUUUUUAAGCCACUGACACAUUAGUGCUGCCUCAGGCUUUCAGGAGAGCUUUACUGUUUUAUUUGUAACGUGACAAAUGAUAUCAUGUUGAUUUCUCAAGGAAAUCUAUGAAAAUUUUAAUACAAAAUUAAGUUUUUUUCUCUCUACCAGUGGGAUUCAGAUCCUGUUACUGAUCAAAAUGUUUUUAAUAUUUU